AUGACUUCUACAUCUGUAAAGGUUGCCUUAAGAAUUAGGCCGUUGAGCGAAAAAGAGACUAUCCAAGGUUGUAAUGAGUGCCUAACACCUAUCCCCGAUGCUCCGCAACAAAUUCUCAUUGGAACCGACCGCUCAUUCACCUUUGAUUACGUUUUUCCUUCGGAUACUGAACAAGAGGAAGUUUUUCAAGAUUGUGCAAUAUCUCUUCUUGAUAAAUUUGUUGAAGGUCAAACUGGUAGUGGUAAAACUUAUAGCAUGGGUACAGCCCUUGAUGGCUCAAACAUUUCAGCUGAACACAUAAAUGAAGCUGCGGGUAUGGUCCCACGUUCGAUACAUCGUCUGUUCAAUGAUCUUAACGACAGAAAAUCGAAGAAUCCUUCCUACCAAUUCGAAGUCUUUGUGACUUUUCUGGAAUUAUAUAAUGAAGAUCUCGUAGAUUUAUUAAAUCAUCAAAAUCGUGAUAAUAUUAAAAAAGGAAAAAAUGAAUUGAUGAUAAGAGAAGAUUCGAACGGCCAUAUUUAUUGGGCUGGUGUUAAAGAAAUUCCUGUAAAUUCUCCAAAAGAACUCUUAGA